AGGGAUACUUCCUGUUCAGUCUGUUCCAACAACAAUACGAAAUUUGUUGUUAGUUCAUUAGCUAGCAAUAUGCGGUAAAAAAAAAUACAACAAACUUGAGUUUAUUACUUUAAGUAAAUUAGAAUGGUUUAGCAAAUAAUAGUUGAAUAUUAUCCAGCUAAGUUACAGCAUACCCCCCCAGGCCAGCCGGUGUCGUCUUGUCUGUCAAUGUACUCUUCUCGAAUUCUUCAAACAACCAAUGGAAAAGAUGGCGGAAGUGGAGAAGGAUGGUGAUCCUGCGACUGACAAAGAUGAUUUACAAAUUUUAAAAGAACUAGUGGAUGAGUUGUAUCAUUUUCGGGAUCAUUACUUUGAGACUCACUGUGUGGAGGAUGCAAAGAGGAAAUCGAGUGAUGUGGCACAGGAGAUGGAGAAGACACUAAAGAAGCUGGAGGAGAAAGAAGAGUCGUAUAAGCACAGUGCUGAGUUCCUGCUGCUGCGGGGUCGCUCCCUGGGGGUGUCACCGGAGUAUAGCACCACCGCUGGGGAGUGCCUGUCCCGGGCCGUGAAGCUGGAGCCUGGACUAGUGGAGGGCUGGAACACACUGGGGGAGCAGUACUGGAAGAAAGGAGACCUGACCACCGCUAAGACCUGCUUCACUGGAGCCCUGCAGCAGAGUAAGAACAAAGUAUCUCUGCGUAGUCUGUCCAUGGUGCUGAGGCAGCUGCCAGGAGGGGGUGGUGAUGAGCAGGGGAAGAGGGUGCUGGAGAGCGUGGCCAUGGCCAGGCAGGCUGUACAGCUGGACGUCACCGACGGCACCUCCUGGUACAUCCUGGGGAACGCCUACAUCUCCCUGUUCUUCACUUGCAGACAGAAUCCACAAAUGUCUCAGCAGGCUCUGAGUGCCUAUGCACAGGCUGAGAAAGUGGACCGAACAGCAACCUCCAACCCCGAUCUGCACUUCAAUAGAGCCACGCUGUUUCAGUAUGAGGAGAUGUUUGGGUCUGCCCUGGGCGGGUACAGUCGCGCUGCGGCCCUGGACCCUGCGUGGGAGGAGCCUCCAGAGAGGGAGAAGCAGCUGCUGGAAUACCUGGAGAAACUCACAACACUCACAGAGAACAAGGGGAAGGUGAAGGCCCGGCGCCUGCGAACGAUGCUCUCCAACCUCAGCCCGUUGGCCCUGGGGCCAUGCUCCUCCCCUCAGUUCCGCUCCCCCGCAGGCCGCGUUGGGAGCCUGGAGCCCCGGACCCUGUCUUCCCUGACACACGGCCACAACGCUGGGGUGGCUGCCCUGGGAAAGGUUGUGUUCAGCCUGGCCUCAGAGGGACGCAUGGCCUUUACGUUCGGCAUCGUGGACAGUGAGGAAACAUGCUGCGUGGUCAUGGUCUAUAACACAGCAGACAACUGGGGAGUUCUGAUUGGAGACUCUGUGGUCAUCCCGGAGCCACAGGUCAAACGCCACAGUGUAGCACACAACGACCAGACGUUUGACUUCCGCAGUAUACGAGUGGACUCCCCACUGCUCCUCAUCGUCAACGGCAAGAGACAGAACGUCCAGGCUCAGACUGCAGCCUCAGUCAGCUACAAACCCCAGAGCGAAUGAGAGAAGGGGGGAAUGAUAAGGGGGGGGGGGGGGGGGCAGACAGACAGGGAGCUAGGAAGGAGCGUGAAGAGCCUGUGUGCCUGUUUUUUAUUUAUUUAUUUUUUAUCUUAGUUUUGUAAAUAGUAGAUCCUUGUUUGUUAAAUAGUCUUUAGGAAUACACUGUUUGUACAUAUUUAUAAAUAUUUUUAUUUUGUUAAAGUGGGAGGGAGGCUGGGGGACUUUGUAAAUUACCGACUACUAAUAUGAUAAUUAAUUGUGGUGAAGAUGGUGUCCGACAUGGGUUCAAGAUAUUAAAACAAACAUGUCUCCAAUGUGGACAUGAUUUAAAUGUUUGCUUUAUCAUUAGCUUAUGUAGUUGAUCAUCUUUCACCAUGAUGUUAGUCAAACCUUCCAUAGUGAAAAAUAACACUGUCAUGCUGUAUUUUAUUGAAAAAUAAGUGCAAACAUUUAAGUUGUAAAUCAAAGUAACUUCUGGUAACAAAAAAGCAACCAUAAACUACAAUAUCAAACUG